GAUUUAGCACUUACACUCAAAUCUCAGUAUAUACAUCGUACCCACUACCCUUUAUGACUUCAACAUAAUAAAUAAUCUUAACAUUAAAAUACUAGUCCAGUUACCAGUUGCUACGCAUGACGAUCGCCACCGCCUACCACCACCAGCACUACCACUAUCAUAGUGGCGUAUUUGGAUAAGCAUUAUACGCACUAUAGUUGGUUAUAAUAUAUAGCCCGUGGCAUAUGAUUGACGGGCGCUCGUUCAGUGCGCACACGCAUGAAAUGCACCAAACAAGUGAUUUUACAAAUACAAAUCAAUUUCUACCUAUAGCUAGACAGUACCAAACUUCAUUCCACUGAUUAGCAUGUGUAUAUAAUAGGCUUUUGUGAGCGAGAUUUAACUUAAAACGGACCUUCAUUUGUUAAAGAUUUGGCAACAACAAAAUGAAAGACAUUGCUCUGGUUUUGUGCUUCUAUGUAUUUCUUGUCUCUUUCCUUAGAGAAUCUAAUGCAGUUUCUCAAAGACAAAAUAAUGGUAUAUACAUUGUUUACAUGGGUGCUGCUGAUGUAUCGAAGGAUGGCACUAAUAAUCAUCAAGCAGACCUUAUGAGCUCCUUGAUCAAAAGGAAAAAGGAUGCAGUUGUGCAUAGCUACAAUAAUGGUUUCACAGGAUUUGCAGCCCAUUUAUCAGAAGCUGAGGCUAAAUCCAUUGCUAAAAGACCUGGAGUUAUCUCAGUGUUCCCUGAUCCAAUAUUGCAACUCCACACAACGCGUUCGUGGGAUUUCUUGCAAUUACAAACUGAUGUUGAAAUCAGUUCUGGUUCUGAUAACUCAUCUCCAAAAGGAGCUGAUACCAUAAUAGGAAUCUUGGACACAGGAAUAUGGCCUGAAUCAGAGAGUUUUAGUGACAAUGAAAUGAGUGAAGUUCCAUCAAGGUGGAAAGGCACUUGCAUGGACAGUCAUGAUUUCAGCUCUUCCACAUGCAACAAGAAGCUAGUUGGUGCAAGGUUUUAUGACGCCUCUGAUGAGAAGGGUUCAAAACCUUCUGGCUCAGCUAGGGACCAGAAUGGACAUGGAACUCAUGUUGCAUCUACAGCAGCUGGGAACCCGGUUUCAGGAGCAUCCUAUUACGGCUUGGCCUCGGGGACCGCGAAGGGUGGGUCCCCGGGUUCAAGAAUAGCCAUGUAUCGUGUCUGCACGAGUGAUGGAUGUCGUGGAUCAGCUAUACUGAAAGCAUUUGAUGAUGCUAUUGCAGACGGGGUUGAUGUUUUAUCGCUGUCACUUGGUUCCUCAUCUGGACUUGAACCCGAGUUUUCGACUGAUCCUAUAGCUAUUGGAGCAUUCCAUGCUGUUGAAAAUGGAAUUCUUGUUGUCUGUUCUGCUGGAAAUGAUGGCCCUGACGCGAGAAGUGUUGUCAACGUCGCUCCUUGGAUUCUCACCGUUGCAGCUACUACACUUGACCGCGAUUUUGAGACAGAUAUUGUCUUAGGUGGGCACAAGUUAAUUAAGGGUGGAGGCAUAAGUUUUAGUAAUCUGACAAAGUCUCCGGUAUACCCGUUGAUUAGUGGCGAUUUAGCCAAAUCCGGAGAUAAUGAUGUUUCUGUGAAAAAUGCAAGGAGUUGUGUUCCUGAUUCAUUAGAUGAAAAGAAAGUUAAGGGGAAAAUUGUUCUUUGUGAUAAUCGCGACGGAGAAUAUUCAGUUAGUAUGAAGCUAUCAGAAGUGAGGAGCAAAGGUGGCAUUGGAUUUAUACUAGUAGAUGAUGAUGCAAGAACUGUGGCACCUAAAUUCAAAUCCUUUCCAGCAGCUGUAGUAACUGAAAAGGACAGCAAUGAGAUCCUCUCUUACAUCAACUCAACAAAGAAUCCACUUGCAUCAGUUCUUCCAACUGUUUCGAUAACUAAGUACAAACCAGCUCCAGUUGUGGCUUACUUCUCAUCAAGGGGUCCUUCAUACAACACUCCUAAUCUCCUCAAACCAGAUAUUACAGCACCGGGUGUUGCAAUUCUUGCGGCUUGGCCUGGAAACGACACAAAAGAGGCUGUCGCCGGCCAGGAGCCACCGCUUUUCAACAUAAUCUCAGGGACUUCCAUGUCUUGCCCUCAUGUUUCUGGUAUUGUCGCGUUCAUCAAGGCGCAAAAUCCUUCUUUUAGUCCUUCAGCAAUCAAAUCAGCUAUUAUGACCACAGCUAUACAAACUAACAACUUGAAGGCUCCAAUCACAACAAAUUCGGGAUCCGCUGCAACACCAUACGACAUAGGAGCCGGAGAAGCAAGCCCUUCAAGUGCACUUAAUCCGGGAUUGGUCUACGAGACUAACGCUGCAGACUACUUGCAGUUCCUAUGCUCAAUCGGCUAUGAUAAAACAAAGAUAAAACUCAUUUCAAACACAGUUCCAGGCGAUUUUUCAUGUCCCGCCAACUCAAGUUCUGAAUCAGUCUCACAAAUGAAUUACCCCUCCAUAGGUGUUUCAAAUAUCAAAGAAAAUGAAACCAAGAAAGUAACCAGAACUUUAACUAAUGUUGCGGAAGAAGAAGCAACAUACACUGCAAGUAUAAAGGCACCGGCUGGUUUGGAAGUCCAAGUGAUUCCCAAUAAAUUGGUAUUUACAAGUAAUAGUAAGAAGUUGAGCUAUGAAGUGUCUUUCAAAGCUUCAUCUAAACCAAAGGAAGACUUGUUUGGAUCAAUUACAUGGACAAAUGGUAAAUACAAAGUUCGAAGUCCAUUUGUUGUAACCACUGACUUAAAAGGUGUCUGAUGAACUCCGGAACCUGCUGAUUGCCGAUCAAAGUAGUCUAGCAAGUUUGUAUGUACUGUUAAAGUUCAUGAAUACAACUAUGUGCACUAAGUGAGAAAAUAAUAUAUAAAUGACCAAUCAUAAGUCUGUAUGCGUUAGCUGUAAGAUGAAAGCUAUCCCAAAAAAGUCUAUCAGAAGAAGCUACUUAAAUGUUGGACAAGAA